AUGGCCCCACUGGCUGCAAAGCCCUCUGAGUCUGAACCACCUGAGCCGCUGCUCCUCCUGCGCGACUCGCUGAUCGGUUUUCGGAGCGACUUGGAUGCGCUGUUUCAAGCCCAGCAGAGGCACUUAUCCACCCGGCGUCAACUGCAGGACUUCCAGGGACAUAAAGGGGACCUAUACGUGCGACUCCUCUGGAGCAGUCACAGUCAGCACCCGGAAGAUCCGGAACCCACAAGUGUGGGCAUUGCAGGCGUAGGCAAGCUGUCCAACGACUCACCCAACUCCAAGGGUGCCCGUGCAAAGCGGCACUCGAUCAGUCUUGCGGGCCUUGGUGGCGAAGACGAGCUUCGCAAUCUGGUCUUCCAGUUCCUAACGACCGAUGACUCGUUGAAAUCUGCACAUCUCACCCAGGACAGCAUCCUAGACAUUUGGGCUGAUGAGCUUUCCGCUUCAUCAGCACGUGUCUCCGCACUCAUCAGAAGAGAUGGCAUGGGCUCAGACUGUCGACAGUUCGCUUUGGCAAAGGAUGGUCCCAGAUGGCAAGUCAUCCAGCACAAGGACCUGUCAAUCGUCGAGGAGGAGCCUGCAGACCCAGUCUGCGCCUUCGAUGCGCUUCGAGAAGCCAUCGAGCUCGACCCAAGCAGGGGUCAGGCUUAUGCAGAAUUGGCAUGCUGUUUGGGUUCUCGUCGGACUGUCAACCUGCUUGGCGAAGAGUACGAUGAAAAGGGCUUGUGCGUCAAAGCUUUGAAACUGGAUCCUUCGCUGGAGGCUGCACAGGAACACUUGGGGAAGUUGCUGCAGGAUGGAGAACAGAUUCGGAUUCGUGGCAAGGUCUACACCAAGCAGUCCCUCACGAAAGCUUCUGCAGAGGCUGACAAGGAAUCAACUCAGCGCGAUUUGUGGGACAAGGUUGCAUCAGAUGUCGCGCAGUGCAGCCUGGUCGAGGCACACUUGACCAAAGUCCUUGCCAAGGACAAGGCAAUCUCCAGGGAUCUUUGGAGUCCUGUGGCUGCUGAAAUCGAGUCAGGCAAGUUGUACAAGGACUUUGACCUCGCCCGGGCCAAAGCCAUGGACACGCCCGUCGGUCAAAGCGAUGCCGAGGUGCUUCUUGCAGCUCUGGGGGCGGAUGAGCGCACGCCACCGACCUCCGUGGACCGAUCCUCUGCAGGAGCCAGGCUGAACAUAAAUGAACAUGACUUGACUGCUUCGCCGUCAGCCAUGACAGCUUGGUCCGCCUCGGAGGCCAGUUCAGACAAGGGGGCGGCAAAGGAGGCAAAAGCCGGCAGCUCGGAGACGCCGCCAAAGCGCUCAAUGCUCACGGGCCUGUCUCCGCUGCACCGUCCCAAAGAUCUUGCCAAGCUCUUCGAAGAGAUGGAUGCUGACGGCGAUGGCUUUCUGGGCAAGGAGGACUUGCUGUCAUACCUCCGCGACUAUCUCGGGUAUGGCGAGGCUGAGGUGUUGGCAUUCUUGUGUGCCCACCAGCAGGACGACCGGGUGGACCUGGCAGCAUUCAAGCGUGGUCUCAAGGAGCUCAAGCCCUAUGCUAUCCAUGACAGGUUCAACAAAAUGAUCGUGCGCAAGCCUGGGGCAUUUGGUGGUCUGGACUGCGUCGAUUUCCACGUGGAGGACUGUAGUGGUUGCACCUGCUUGGUUUGCGAGAAGUCCUCGGAGUUUCAUGCGGACGGUCUUGUAGACUGUCGCCUUCUCAUUGGGCCCUGCGAAAACUCCACCUUCGUGAGGAACUGCGAGAACUGCACCUUCUGGGUUGCCACCAAACAGUUUCGCGUCAGAGAAUGCUCCAACUGCACCUUCUACUUGCACUGCCACACUGAGCCGAUCAUUGAAUCGUCCCAGGACUUGCGCAUCGCGCCUUUCUGCGCUGAGUACCCAGGAUUGCUGCAGCACUUCAGAGAAGCAAAGUUCGAUCCCAGCACGAACUUCUGGAAUGCAAUCUAUGACUUCUCGGGCAAAGCCGACUCUGCCAACUGGCAGAUUCCAAGCCUCGACGCUUGCGAGAAGCUCAUCGUAUCCUUGACAGGCUGCGAUGACAAGCCAGAUGGGCCACCGGAACUGACACAGGCAAUGCUUUGUGCUGAUCCCCUGGCCAGUGGUGAAAGCCAGGGCCAGUCCAUGGCGAAAAUACCUCAGACCAGGCCAUCCUUACCAGUACACCCAGUUGGAAGCCGGCGGGUGAACCGACUGAUGAGCGACGCAUCAACCGAGGAUGUGAGCGGCAAGUUGGUGGAGGUAUUUCCCGAUGAGCCACUCUUCACCAGUGUCUCCCAGGUGGAGAAGUCCAAGCACGUCGAAGAGGAUCCACCAUCUUCAAGUGACGAGGUUGAGAUCUUGGAUCUGGAGGACGACGAUGAAGACGCAGAGAAAUGGCAAGCAAGGUUGCCUUCAGGAGGAGCUGACUGGCGGCCAGGUUCAAAUGGUUCUUUGCCUUCUCGUCCUGCACAGCAGAAAGCUCGCGCAGCCAUGGCAGCUGCUGCAGAGGCUUCUUUAGCCCCCCUUCAGCGAGGCGGAGGCCCUGCAAACCUCGCCGCAAAGCGACCUUUGGGCGGACUGAGGCUUUCAAUGGCAGCUCCCAGAAGCUCGAAGCCAGAAGAAGCAAAGGCCGCUGUCGACAGUAGCGAUGACGACGACAUCUUUCUGUCCGGCACGAAGCCGCCUGCGAAGUCCACCAGCACCAGCAGCACCAGGCCGGCAGCCCAUGCGAUAGCCAGUCUUGACAGCGAUGAGGAUGAUGAUCCUCUUGAAGGGCGCAGUGCGCUCACCGGCAAGCAGCGAAGCCUGCUGGCCGGCGGACUGACAG